AUCUGUGCUGUGUCUGCUCUUUCUGAUCUCACUGCUGAGCUGCACAAUGACCCAAGGGAACACCACCACCAGCACCAUCGCACCUCCACCUACACUUUCCCCUCCUGCAAUUGUUGUGUUGUCAUUUUUUACAUCAUCUACUAUGACGGUUCUGCUGGUAUUACUGGUGUUACUGGUGAGAAGAUACAUUUAUAGGAAACUUGAAGAUCAAGACAAAGCUGAAGAAGAUGACAUUAAAGAUGACAUUAAAGAUGACAUCAUAUACAGCGACAUCAGAAUUUCACAGCGUCAACAACAGCCAAUCAACCAAAGCAGAGACAGUGAUUCAGCUCCAAUCGAUUCAGAAGUGAGAACUGAAGGCGUCACUUAUGGAGAAAUCCUUGUCAAAGGGCAGAAAAUAACCCUCCCCUGCUGUGAUGCAGAGACAAAUCCCACGAGUGAAACUGAUCACAGCCCAGAAUCAGCAAUUCAAAACAACAACAUUGCAGACGUGGAAGCAAAGCAACUGCAGACAGAAGUUUCAGGCUGUCUCAAUGAUGAAGAGCGCCCAGCAUCCCCCAGCAACAUCAGCAUGGAGGAGAGGAAGUCACUCACAUCACUUAGUAAUGACAACAGCAUGAUCAUCCUUCCAGCAGACACAGACUUUAAACCAGAGCCAGACGUCGUCUACUCUUCACUGAAGUAGUCCACCAGUCCAACCACUGACAUCCAGCUGCUGGUCUCUUACUGGUCCAUUCAGAACUUCAAACCAGAGGACAUCCAUGCAUACAAAUGAUUACUGUGUCUGUUUGUUUUCCUUAUUUGAUUAAAAAAAAUCACAAUCUUAACCAGAGCUGUUUCAGUACUUAAAAUCAACAAUGAUUUAAAAGCAGCAACAGCAAAACACAUUUUAACAUGUUUUAGUUUGGCACUUUGUUCUUGUUCCCAUGACAGUUUUACUGCAUGAUCAAUAAACUUUUGUUCUCA